AUGGACUUGCCUCCUUCUUCCUGCUGUCCAGAUUACCACGCUAUCGCUAAGCACUUGCGAGCCGUCAAAACUGUGGAUUUUACGCUCAAGGCAAACAAGUCACCACCAAGCGACUGGAACCUCUUCCACCACGUUUUCUGUCGCAAAUUCUCGCGCAAGUUCAACCCAGCACGAAACUCAACUCUUUGUUUGGAGACCAGGCAGAUACGCAUGGGCACUCUCGCUGGCCGUCAUUGGCGUGAGUUGCCGCAGGACGAACAGUAUUUGUGGCGAAAGGCAGCGACGAAACUUCGUCAACGUCACAAGGAGAUUUGGCCCAACUUCGUGCAUCAUCAAACGACAGCCAGAUCCAAGGAACAACGCAGCGGGGAUGCGGCUAAAGAGAAAAAUCAAUCCCGAGCUAAGCAGGCUGCCAAAUCGUGCCCUUCACGAAAACUCACCAAGAGCUACCCAGCAGUGACCGUCACAAUAGAUAUUCAGCGGAUACGGUCUGCGGCGAGGACCUCAUUUUCGGCGACGCCUCAAGUCCUCCGCGAGAACCUGUCUUAUCGUCCCGACCCUGUCGAUGCAACAGCUCCCAUGACGGCGGAAAUUGGUACUCCUCACCAGGAUGAAGUACCGUCUGCGCCGGUUCAUGGCAGCGUGCUGGGCGAAGGGACCUUGACUCCUUCUAUCGCACUUCACCCUCUUGGACUCGAAGGAUUUCCUGCCCUGUCGCUGCGGGACUUCGCCGCCACUCUACCGUACGCAGACAAAAAUCCUUAUGAAUUAGCAUUUCCCUAG